AUACAUACACUGUAAUGGACUUUAAUGGAGAUCAAACUUCAACUAAACCUACUCUCUUUUCCCCCAAAUCCAUACGCUCUAAUUUCUAGGGUUUCUGAAUAUUAUUUUCUCAAACCCUAAUUUUCAAGAAAAUCCAAUUCUUGAUUCAGCUUUGUUUUUUGUUAAAUUUGUUUGUAAACCCACAAUUCUUUUCUGAAAUCUUGGUGAAUCCCUUCUGGGGUUUGCAUAAGAUUGCUAAAAAAAUUGUUGCUUUGGUUGACAUUUGUUAGACUUUCUUGAUCUUGAAGUCCUGUGCACAAUUUGCUUCGGAUAGUCACGGGUUUCUUGAUAAAUUGGCGUUGACUUUUUGGGUGAUCAUCAGUCGUCUAACAUAAUCAAGUUGUACUCUUCAAAUCUUGUUUUGGGCAAGUGGGUUUGAAGAUAUUUGUGAUGAUUUUGAGCUUUUGGAGUUGAAUUUGGUGUUGUUUAUGUGUAAAUGGAUGAAUCUGGGGUGGAAUCAAAGCUUAUAGAUAAUGGGAAUCAAGAAAAGGGAGGGGAGAAAGUGGAAGAUGAAGAUGAUGAGUCAAAGAAACUGCUGUUGCCUAACAAAGGCGGGUUAUCGAAGAAGAAGAAAUCGGGGAAUAAGCACCGAAAAGUGCAGUGGAAUGAUAGGAAUGGAUAUAAACUUGCUGAAGUUUUGGAAUAUCAACCAAGUGAUGUAAGCGAUUCUGAAGACGAAGAUGAGGAUUCUUGCAUAUGUAACAUAAUGUAGAUCUUACACCGCACGCAUCCGGCUAUUGGCUGGUAAUACCAUUAGGCUAAUCUUCUUAAUAUCGUGUCAAAUCAAAGAGUUCUUGAUCGUGUCAUGAAACAUUAUUGUUGCUAUACUAUAUUACUAUAUAUAUGAUAUGGAGAAAAAACAUUGUCCUUUUGACUUGGAAUUUGAAUAUGCCAUUGACAUUGCUUGGUUUUGAUCA